AUGGCCGGGAGAAUCGCGCACUUCAUCAAGGAUGCCUGGGCCAAGGAGCCGGUGCUGGUCGCGUCCUUCGCCAUCGGGGGCGUCACUUUGCUUCUGCCCUUCAUCAGCCCCUUCACCAAGUACGCCAUCAUGAUCAACGAGGUCACACCCUACACCUACCCAGUGCCCGUCCGCGAUGACGGGAACAUGCCCGACGUGCCCAGCCACCCCCAGGACCCCCAGGGCCGCAGCCUGGAGUGGCUGAAGAACCUGUGA